AUGAUUGACCACUUUGUCAUCUUCUCCAAGACGGGAACGGUCUUGUGGUCGCGCACGCUGUGCAAAUUGGGCAGUGACCCUGUGGACACUCUCAUUACCCGCGUCCUGAUGGAAGACCGAGCGGGCGACAAGAAGUUUAUCGACGACACGUAUGCGCUGCAAUGGGUGUUUGAGAACAAACUCGACUUGGUGUUUGUCGUCGUGUACCAGAAGAUCCUUCAAUUGCUGUACAUUGAGGAGCUGCUGGAGAGUGUCAAGAAGGACUUUGUCGCCAUGUUCCCCCAGCAGAUUGCGAAUAAAACGCCGGUCGUGUAUGGACCUAGGUUUACAACAAUCCUGAAGGCUUCUGAGCUCAAGGCGACGUCAAAACAAGUACGGAAGGGACCACGUGGUUUCGAUAUGUCCAAGAAGGCCAAGGCCAAGGGCGUCACGAACCAUGCAAGUGGCCGCACGGCGUCUUCUGUGCGGUCUUCUGUGAAGGAUGGAGAACAAUCUAAUGACGAUGGAAGCGACAGCCCCGCUUUUGACGAGCUAGACCUCAACGAUCUGGAGAGCAAGGCGGCACUGAACUCGUCGAAGGGUCGCAAGAUGCGCACGGGUCCGCGCCGUAAAGGAAAGGAGAGUGCCGCGAAGGAGUCAAAGAAGAGCGGCAAACAGAGGACGAUAUGGGACAAUACGAAGGUGUCCAAAACCGAGGCGAAAGCACUGGAUCGUUCGAAGACAGUCAGCGCCGCAGAAGAAGUAGCCCAGCUCCGUGAAAAGCGAGAAGCCUACAUUGGAGAACUGGAAGAUAGCGAUUCGGACGAGUUGGUGGAUACAGACGACGAAUCUGCCCCCUCGUCGGAAGCAGAAUCUGACUCCAGCCAGGGUGGAUGGAGCUUUUCGAAGACUCGCAUCGGCAGUUUUCUUAGCUCGGUGUCUGGCAAUAAGAUCCUUGAGCGAAAAGACCUGGAGCCUGUGAUUACCCCCAUGCACCAGAUGCUAAUCAGCAAGAACGUGGCUUCCGAAGUCGCCAACGAGCUGUGCGAAUCUGUCAUCACCACCGUGGUCGGCCAGCGAUUGGAGAGCUUCACACGCAUAUCAACGGUCGUCCGCAAGGCUCUGGAAGCCGCUCUGCUGCGCAUCUUGACGCCGAAAAAAUCUACUGAUGUGCUGCGCGAGAUUUUGCAGGCAAAGGCAGAGGGCCGUGCGUACAGCAUCGUCUUUGUGGGUGUAAAUGGCGUUGGCAAGUCCACCAGCUUGUCGAAGGUGUGCUACUACUUGAAAUCGAAGGGCAUAAACGUCAUGAUUGCUGCGUGUGAUACUUUUCGCUCGGGAGCUGUGGAGCAACUGAACCAGCACGCGAAGGUUUUGGACGUGAAGUUGUUCGAAAGGGGCUACGCCAAAGACCCGGCCUCAGUGGCAAAGGAGGCGAUCAAGUACGGCACCGAUAAUGGAUACGAUUGCGUGCUUAUCGACACUGCCGGCCGGAUGCAAAAUAAUGAGCCGCUCAUGCGUGCACUGGCCAAGCUCGUGUCUAACAACGAGCCGGACCUUGUUCUCUUCGUUGGAGAGGCGUUGGUUGGAAAUGACGGUAUUGAUCAGCUGUCGAUGUUUGACCGGUCCCUUGCAGACUACUCGGACCGUCGUGAGCCACAUCGCAUUGAUGGCAUUGUCAUCACGAAGUUUGACACUAUUGACGAUAAGGUCGGUGCUGCAUUGUCGAUGGUCUACAAGACCGGCCAGCCGAUCAUGUUUGUUGGCACGGGACAGAAGUACACGCACUUGAAGAAGCUUAACGUGCGCACGGUUCUGCGUCACCUUUUGCAGUAA